AUGGACGUCACAGCGCCCGUUCUCGUCGCCACAGGCGAUUACCUUCCUGAUGACCCGACGUGUCCGACCCACAGUCUACGCAUAAUCGCCAUCUCGGCGGAGCACCACGCGCAAUAUCCUACGACCAUGAAGGACGUCCAACGCGAGGGCGGCGGUCGCAAACGUACUCUGAGCCUGCAGGGUGCUCUCCUACGCCUCUCGCACAUCUCCCCUUCGCCUUCACGCACGGACUUCCCGCGCUCGCCAUUACAGGCCGAAACACCCCGUUCGCCUUUGCAAGAACGCGCGCCUUCACCGCUCUCGGCCGACCUUCUCGAUGAAGACCCGUUCGCUGCCUCUCCUGCCAGCACCGCCACAUCUCCGACAUCUUUAUACCACGAUUACGAUGAUACCUCCGCUAACGUGCCCUUUCCUGUUGCGGGCCCGUCCAACCCGCCCACUGUACCUCGACCGUCUUUGAACUCGAGCUUGUCUGUCCCAAACCUUGGUGAUGGGCCCGGUCCUUUGUCGCGCGGUCGCCAGCUACGCCCUGCGGCCAGCAGACCGGCGAUCAAGCCCCGCCCGUCCUUGCCGUCCCUCAACAUCCUUGCGCAUACCGACUACGUCUAUCCAGCGAUCCGCGCAAGAGCAGGCACGCUAGGCGCCCGACUACCCGUUGACCCUUGGGUGAACGCGAGCAACGAUCCCUCCAACGAGGCGCUCGUCGAGUCCCCCACUUCCCCGACCCAGGCGCAUGACGCAGAUGCUGCGGCCGACCCUACAAAUGAACUUCUGGCCGACGUGCCGCCUGUCUGGGACGUCACGGUGCCAGCAUUGAUCGAAGACAGCCAGGAGUUGGAGAUCACUACUCUUUCCCUACCUGGAAGCUCGCUCGUCUCGCCGGUAUUCUCAGAUGUAUCGGACACUUCGGACAGCGAGUUCCUGCCUGCGCUGGCGAUGAAUGGCGGCGUGAACGAGCGCACUAGCCAGAUGUUUAGCGCCGUAUACGACGUCUUCACGCGCUUCACCUCCCAAUCGCCGCCGCCUUCGACUUCCCGUCCAACUUCUCGACACUCGACUUCGCCUUCGCGUACGUCUUCCGAGUCUGAUCGCGAACACGGGCAUGGUGCCCCUCUGCUGUCUCCGUCUUCCAGCACGGAAAGCGGGAGCAGUGCAUACAGUAUCUCUACACCCCCGUCUCCGUCCUCCAGUGUGUACCCGCUGAGCGCCCGAGUGCGUUCGCCGGACUCCGGUGCUAGUGUGACGCCCACCAAUACCAUGUAUAUCUCGGACUCCCUCUCCCUCUAUCAGGACGAGGACGACGAGUCGGCGCCCAGCUCCGCCAGUACGGCUCGCACCAGCCAGUUCUGGGAUAAGAGGUCAAGCAUACUCAGCUUCGUGAGCUCGGACGGGCAUGACGUCUAUGAAGACGCUGCCGACUUGGUUGAAGCCAUGGACGCGGAUGGCUACGGCUCUUCGCGGAGCCGUGGGUACUCGGGCGGCAAUUCAACCUCCAACGGCCAUGGGUAUGGCAACGGCGCUUCCUCGUUUUCGAGGAGUUUUGGCGUGUCUUCAUCUCGGCCCAAUGGUGCCGGCGGCGGUGGUGGUGGGGGUGAAGACCCGCGACGACCAUAUCAGUCCCAUAAUGGGCCUCCUGCGGCAGUCGAUGUGGAUUCAGACUCAGAUGACGAUGAUAAGCCACUUGCACAGAGCAUCCCUGGUGCUCUCAGGGCCCAGCGUACUAUUCGCCGACAAGCACGCGAGGAGACUGCAGAACGACGUAGGCAGCGAUCAGUCAGAAGCACGGAGCGUACCAGCCGCAAUGUUGCUGCCUCUCAGUCUCUGCACCCGCCUGCGCCUUUGGACACGCAAGCACGGGCCGAACCUCGUACAGCUCCUCAUACGGCAACGGUUCGUGUCGGUGCACAGGACAUAGUCGCGCCCGCGCCUGUUCGGCGAACACGCGGUCGAGCUGCGACAAUCUCCGGGCAGAGCGGUCCCCCGCAACUACCAAAACCACAGGCGCAAGAUGUUAUGCCGGACGAUCUCGUUCGUCGAUUACAGGGUGUACAGAUGGGCCAUCUGUCUGCUCAGCCUGCCCCGUCCGCUCAACAUCUACAAAACGGAUACGGCAACACUCCCGGUCAGACGCAGCACGCGUCGUACCGGCGCCCGAGCACCGACCAAGAGCGGAAAGCACACUCGCGUCGCGGGAGCUGGGAUGACUUCGGGUCGCAGCCUGCCCCUCCAAUGCCGCCACCGCCUACGGAGCACACGUUGCGUCCUCAACGCUCUCUGCACAAUCUUACCACGCCGCCAUCCACUUCGCUCUCAGCAUCGGCCCCCGUCGGACACCUUGGGCGGAGUAAUAGUCUUGCGCGUCCGUCGCGAGGACGCGAAGCAUCGCCCGUGCCUCCACCGAUGCCAUCAGUACCAGCUGUGGGCGCGCCCCUAACCCGCAGCAAGUCGCGUCGCGAACCAGACGAAACCCAACUCGGGGCAUCCCUUGCACGCGGCCGCUCACGCCGCGAUGUGGACGAGCCUCAGGCCGGAGCCUCGCUUUCGCGCAACAAAUCACGUCGCGAGCAACCAGAUCUCCCACCGGCAUAUUCUGCGGCUAAUCAAGCAUCGCCUCCUAUGCGCUCGCGUAGUGUGCGAAGACCCGGGACGGCGGGCGGGGAUGCUGCACCGCCUGUACCCGCGCCUGUACCACAGUCGCAGACCCGCGAGCCCGCUUUCCAGGUCACUUCGCGGCAAGGCCAUCAAGGACAUACCCCGCACCUGUCGCAGUCCGAGAACCGUUUGCAGGCAUUCCAGCAGCGCGUCUACGUUUUCGACAUGCAGCGCUUCCAUAUGGUGGAGCUGGGUGCGAACACGCGUGCACAGGACGUUCUUGCCGCGCUGGAGACGCAGGGUGUACUCGAUGGAUGGGCGGGGGCGGGAGGCUGGGCUCUAUGUGAGAUCGCGCAAGAUCUUGGCAUGGAACGUCCCUUGCGACCGUUUGAGGUCGUCCACGACGUACUCAAGAGUUGGGAUAAGGGACGGAUGAACAACGUCUUCCUCGCGAAGAAGUGCGCGCUUGCAGACACGCUUGGCGCGCGUAACCUUCCGAGCGCUCUACCGCGGCGUGGCGCAUACGUUGAGUACGAGGUCAAGCGCGGGUCAUGGAAGAAGCGGUGGUUGGAGCUCAGGGAGCAGGGCUUGUGGUUGGCGAAGAAGGACACGGGCAAGGACGAGAUGUUCUUGUGCUCGGUGUCGAGCUUCGAUGCAUAUGCGCUCACUCGGCCCAUGAAGUCGCCGAAGCCGUUUGUCUUCGCGGUGAAGAGCACAGACAAUCUCACCUUCUUCGAGAACGUGGCCGACUACGUUCACGUCUUCUCCUGCGGCGAAGGAGAUGGUAGGCAGUGGAUCGAGAAGAUCAUGCUCGCUCGGUCUUACAUCAUGAACCAAGAGCGCAAUGUGAUCGCCUCUGCUGCAGGCCAACCGCCCACACCCGGCUUGCUCGCUGGUGGCUCAGGCGCCUUGAAGCGCUCGGGCACGCGCAAACGCGAGGUGCCCGCACAACCACUCAUUGACGUGUCCCCACCCGCGGCAGCCGUCGCGGCCGCGCAAGCGCCAGUAUUCGAACCGGGUUCGUUACUAGCGCGCCGUUAG